AGUUGCUAAUAUAAGCUCACCAUGUGGAGCUGUGUAAGGAUUUGUACAAUAAAGUGUAAAUUUUCUGGACGAUGUAAGCAGAUAUGCUGACAGAAUUGAUUUUAUUGAUAAAACGGGAAAAUUUUACAUACUAAUUCAUAAUAGAGCUGAUGGAUAGCUUGGGCCUUGUAGCUCGCGGCACCUAUUUCGAAAUAUGAACUAAUACAAACAUUAAAUAGUGGCUUAGAAGUAAGAGGAACACGACUCCAAGAGAUGUGUGGAAUAAGGAAUGGGACCAGGAAGAAAUGACCUUCACGUGACUUUGGACGGGGGAACUCGGUACAAUGAAUCUUGCCCGCUUUGUUCUGAUGGUAGUUUUCUGUUUAAGCCUGCUUAUAAAUCUUCUGAUCUACAUAAACAGUGUGAUAAUAUCUGAACAAGCUCCUAAAAUCUGGAUUCAAAAAAGUCCGAUAACUCGCCUAUCAGACCUCCGACUGGACGAUCCAUCAGGGUUUCCGUUAAACCACCCCGAUACUUGUAAAGGUGACGUGGAACUUAUAGUUGUUGUUUGUACAAGUCUUGGAAAUUCUAAAUCACGUGAUUCUGUCCGAAAAUCAUGGGGGAUGUAUUCGAAAAAUCACUUCUACAAAACCAGACUGGUGUUUCUGGUCGGUCAGGGGAAUGAUACUCUUCUGGAAAGAGUCCUGCAGGAGAAUAAUAUCCAUGGGGAUAUUAUUUUAGGGGAUUUUGUGGAUACAUACAGAAAUCUGACGCUCAAAUCUAUAUCAAUGCUCAAGUGGAUUAACAAUUAUUGUGCAAACGCGAAAUAUGGCUUGAAAGCUGAUGAUGACAUGUAUAUAAACAUUCCAAACUUGAUUUCCGCCAUGAAUUCAAAAAGUCGAAGAGUUAAACAAUUUCUUAUAGGAGAUAAACAGGUUGGCGCUAGACCAAUAAAAGACAAAAAUUCCAAGUAUUACACUUCAUCAAAGGAAUUUGGAGAAAAGGUUUAUCCGCCAUAUUUAUCGGGAACGGCCUAUGCUUUUACAGUAUCGGCUGCCAAAGCUCUCUGCGAUAUCACAAGCAGGAUUAAACCAUUCUGGAUGGAAGAUAUUCACAUUACGGGGAUCUGUGCCCGCGCCGCCGGAAUUCCAAGAUUUGAUCACAGGGGCUUCACCUACCAACAAAGACCCCCCUCGGGAUGUUCAUUUAGAGACAAAAUUUCAGGUCAUUAUGUGACAGGGGGACAGAUGAUAAAAAUAUACCGGGAACUGUCGCGGGGGAAUCUUAAGUGUUAAUACGUUGUAUAUAUGUUCAUUCUUUUCUCUUUUUUUCCUGAUUAACUAUACAUUCCAAUCGAACACGUUUAUAAGACUGCUCACCCUGUUUCAUUUUCUUUGUGAUAUUUUAUAUAGACAUUUGAUCCGUGAGAACCGCUAGAUCAGUAAUGUGUUUUCAGAGGUAACUCUGACUGAUGAGAAAGCCGGGAUCAAGUGGUUUCCCUCCAAGACGAGCUGACCCUCAUAAAAGAUUCUUAUCUUUCCAAGGAAUUCUGUUUUGACAAAAGUGUUUGACCUACAAAAAAGGAUGGGGUGAAUUGGGUGCUACAUCAAUAACGGUGUAAAGUAAUUACCAAGAUAAGAAGCAAAAUAUUCACCUUCCUCUCAACUCCCAUACUGUUAUAAAUAUAGGGCUAUAAUUAUGUGAGAUGAAUACAAAAAGCUGUGAUAUUGACAUAAAAUGUUAUAACAUUAAAUGUUUUAUAAAUACA